UGGCGACAGCCGAGAAGCAGAAACACGACGGGCGGGUGAAGAUCGGGCAUUACAUCCUGGGGGACACGCUAGGGGUCGGCACCUUCGGCAAAGUGAAGGGGAUGGAAGAGGAGAACCCUUCUGUCUCUUGCCCUUUCUGAGCCACAGAACCAGAAAAUUGCUGUAUAGCAUACAGGGAAGCAACUACCUAAAACUUCUUAUGAAAAUCAUCAAGGCCAACAAUUUGGCAAACAUGAAUUGACUGGGCAUAAAGUUGCUGUGAAAAUACUCAAUCGACAGAAGAUUCGAAGCCUUGAUGUGGUAGGAAAAAUCCGCAGAGAAAUUCAGAACCUCAAGCUUUUCAGGCACCCUCAUAUAAUUAAACUGUACCAGGUCAUCAGUACACCAUCUGAUAUUUUCAUGGUGAUGGAAUAUGUCUCAGGAGGAGAGCUAUUUGAUUAUAUCUGUAAAAAUGGAAGGCUGGAUGAAAAAGAAAGCCGUCGUCUGUUCCAACAAAUCCUUUCUGGUGUGGAUUACUGUCACAGGCAUAUGGUGGUCCAUAGAGAUUUGAAACCUGAAAAUGUCCUGCUUGAUGCACACAUGAAUGCAAAGAUAGCUGAUUUUGGUCUUUCAAACAUGAUGUCAGAUGGUGAAUUUUUAAGAACAAGUUGUGGCUCACCCAACUAUGCUGCACCAGAAGUAAUUUCAGGAAGAUUAUAUGCAGGUCCAGAGGUAGAUAUAUGGAGCAGUGGGGUUAUUCUCUAUGCGUUAUUAUGUGGAACCCUUCCAUUUGAUGACGAUCAUGUGCCAACUCUUUUUAAGAAGAUAUGUGAUGGGAUCUUUUAUACCCCGCAGUAUUUAAAUCCUUCUGUGAUUAGCCUUUUGAAACAUAUGCUGCAGGUGGAUCCCAUGAAGAGGGCCACAAUCAGAGAUAUCAGGGAACAUGAAUGGUUUAAACAGGACCUUCCAAAGUAUCUCUUUCCUGAGGAUCCAUCAUAUAGUUCAACCAUGAUUGAUGAUGAAGCCUUAAAAGAAGUAUGUGAAAAAUUUGAAUGUUCAGAAGAGGAAGUUCUCAGCUGCCUUUAUAACAGAAAUCACCAGGACCCUUUGGCAGUUGCCUAUCACCUUAUAAUAGAUAACAGGAGAAUAAUGAAUGAAGCCAAAGAUUUCUACUUGGCAACAAGCCCACCUGAUUCUUUUCUGGAUGAUCACCAUUUGACUCGGCCCCAUCCCGAAAGAGUACCAUUCUUGGUUGCUGAAACACCAAGGGCACGCCAUACCCUUGAUGAAUUAAAUCCACAGAAAUCCAAACAUCAAGGUGUAAGGAAAGCAAAAUGGCAUUUGGGAAUUAGAAGUCAAAGUCGACCAAAUGAUAUCAUGGCAGAAGUUUGUAGAGCAAUUAAACAACUGGAUUACGAAUGGAAGGUUGUAAACCCGUAUUAUUUGCGUGUUCGAAGGAAGAAUCCUGUGACAAGCACAUACUCCAAAAUGAGUCUACAGUUAUAUCAAGUGGAUAGUAGAACUUACUUACUGGAUUUCCGUAGUAUUGAUGAUGAAAUUACUGAGGCCAAAUCAGGGACUGCUACUCCACAGAGAUCAGGAUCAGUGAGCAACUAUCGAUCUUGCCAAAGGAAUGACUCAGAUGCUGAAGCUCAAGGAAAAUCCUCGGAAGUUUCUCUUACCUCAUCUGUAACCUCCCUUGACUCUUCUCCUGUUGACUUAACUCCAAGACCUGGAAGUCACACAAUAGAAUUUUUUGAGAUGUGUGCAAAUCUAAUUAAAAUUCUUGCACAGUAAAUGUAAAACUUUGCUUAUUUCUUCAAUAGCAAUAAGCAUGAAUAAAUCAUAGCCAAAUGCUUCCAUUUAUAAUCAAGUUAUACAUAAUUAUAACUGAGAAUUGGCCUUUUGGAAUGCAAUUUGCACAAGGACUGGAACAUGAUUAAUAGUUAAAAGCCUAAUGUGCAAAAAUGAAUUAGGAUCAUUUUGUUGUUCAUUGUUCAGUAGGCAUAUAGUAUAAUAUACAGAAUGAAUUAUAUGUCUCUCAGGCUCACUUGAUUUAGCUACUUUAUAUUAAUAUUCACAGAGCUUUGUAGAACCUUCAUUUACCAUAAAGGCCUUCAUAUAUUAUUACACGCUGAUAUGUUAAACAUUUGCUUCAUAAAUUAAUUCAAUAAAGAUUUGCCUAGAAUCCCCAGAAACCUUUAUAGGUGAUUUUGUUUUCUGGGUCCUUAACUGUUUAAAUAGCAGGUAUCUUCCAACAGUAGUAACAGACUGGAUAACCUUUCCAUAUUCCUCUUUUACUAUUCUAUAGUAUUUAGUAAGUGGUAUCUAAGAUAUUAAACACAAUUAAAAAUUUUUUUCUUUAGCUUGGCAAGUCCAAAAACACACAGAAAUAGUGUGUUCAGAUACUCUUGGCACUAAGUUUAAUCUUAUAAUAUGUCCCACAAUGUUCUGUACAUAAAUUGCUCUUUGUCAUAAGACUUGAGUUGCAUAUACUGUAAAUAAAUCAUGCUAUUUUUUUUCAGUUUCACAAAUCACUCCACUAAGUGAUGUCAGUCAGUAUGGAAUGUAUGCAAGAAUUUCUAAUCAUUUGAUUAAGUAUCUUUUAAACUGACACAGAGCAUAGAAAGAACAUCUUUUACCAACUGUUUAAAUGCUUGGAUAUGACUUUUUUCACCAAAUAUUAUUAUGAAUUUUUUAAAAACAGAAAAACUGGAAAACCAGUAGAGUGAUCACAUGCACUUUACAAUUCGAUUCAUCAAUUGUUAGAAUUUUGCCAUAUUUGAUUUAUCUUUAUAUCUAUAUAUGUGUAUAUAUAUAUAGAUGGUUAUGUGUAUAUAUGUGUGUAUAUAUGUGCUUUUUUUUUUUCCUGAGCCAUUUGGAUAUUGCAGACAUAUUUGUCACCCCUGAGUACUUCAUGUAUCUCCUAAAAAUAAGGACAUUUUCCUAGAAAACAAUAAUACUAUUAUAAAUUUAAUAAUUCCAUAAUAUCUAAUACUCAAUUCAUAUCCAGAUUUUCCCAGUUGUCUUUCAAAUUUCUUUUAAAGUUGGUUAUUUUGAACCAGGAUCCAAUUAAGGUUUAUACAUUGCAUUUGUUUAUUAUGUCUCUUUAGUCAGAUAAGACUUAUUAUUAUUAUUAUUCUGAUAAAAUAUCUAACAAAUUGGUUAGUUCUUCUAAAUGGUACCAUUUUGGAUUUUAGUUACUUUUUAAAAAAUUAGUAUGAUGGGAACUGCCUAAAGAUGCUUAGCCUUCCUGAGACCUCUGGUUAUAUAUUCUUUUUCUCACUCUUAAUAAUAGCAUCACAUAAUAGGUGUAAAUGAAGAUUUAAAGUCACCCCAGAUAAAACUAAUAUCAGGUGUAUGCUAAUAAAAAAUUUAAAAAGUGUCAUCCAUAUUUGCUUUAUAUUAUUUUUAACUUUAAGAAAUUUUUUUCAGUAGUAACCAUUUUCCUUUGUCACAGAGCUCGCUCUUUCUGUAUUUUAAAAAUCUUUUUAUUUUAGAAUUGCUUUUGGUAAAUUUAUUGAGCACCUAUGUCAUCAGAUGAUAACGUACUCAAAUGUUGUGAUAGUUUGUAUAAAUGGUUAUACAAAUGUAGCUGUAGAUUCGGCUCCAGCACCCCUAGAAACAUGCACUGAAUUCAAGAGAAAAACCUUGCUUCUUUUUGGACAAGGCUUGUUCUAUUCAAAUUAGAAUUUGGAAGUUGUACAUAAAAUAGAAGUUCCAUUUAAAUGUGAGUUCAAAAUUGUAUUUAUAAUGUAUGUGGCCCUCUGUUUUGGGGAUAGUGAUUUUGCUUAGGCUCUCUAAAUGCAGCAUUAUGUUCCUGAUGUUAAGAACAGAAGACUGUAUUUUUAGUAAGAGACUUGUUUAUAGAAGUAAGAAGUCUUAAUGUCUAUAACGUUUCUGCUGUGGGGACAGGGAACUAAGGAGGAACCAAUUAAACAGGACCUUCUAAAAAUUGUUAAUUUGUUAAAAUGUAAACUUUGCUUCUUUUAUAAGUUAUUGUGAUUUCUUUUAGUUACUGAGUUUUAUUUUGAAACUUCAAUAUUGCACUUGUUCAAAUAGUAUAAUAAAAGCACAGAGUAUUGCAGUAAGUUCUUUUUUAAGCUGGGAUAUUUGAAAUGACAACUUUUCCUUAUGUAUGUCAAUGAUGCACCAGAAUUUUCACAAAUUUGUUAUAGUUUGCAAAUUCUUAUAAUAUUGAAGAUGUAAGGGUAAUCAAUGCAAAUGAUUUUUAAUCUUUUUUUAAAUAUCUUUUCAGCAAUUUAUAUUUUUUGGGAUUUUAUGCAACCAUAUUUUUACUUUGUCUUAACAGCUGAAAGAUGUAUAAGGUUUUUGCCAGAAAUGUACUGUAUACAAAGUUUUAAAUAUAACAGAUUUUACUGAUGAGUACAAAUUUUGCCAUUAAAAUAAAUGAAUUCUCACUGAGAGGAAAUUUUCUACCAGAUUGGGGGAUAUGGGAGCUUAAUAUAUCAUCUAAUUUAAUAUAAUUUCACUGAAAUAAACAUUGUUUUUACUUUAAUUAUUUUUCUGAGAUGCUUUUGUAGUUUCUUAGAAUUUUAGAUGAUUUUAUACAAAAAGUACCCCUCCCAUUCACUGCCCUUUUUGACCUUGUAGUGAUACUAUUCACAAUUAAUUUGAAUUAAUGCUUGGUGGUUUGUGACUAGAUGUAGAACUCCAUGCAUCUAUGCUCUGACAGGCACCUUUGGAAGAAAGAAAAAGUGUUUGCUGUUUAAAUCUUUCCCCUUAACUCCCUCCUCAACCCCCAGCCCCACACCACAACAGAAAUCUCAUUUUCAUUUUGGGUUCUCUUGACAGAGGAAUGACAUUCCACAUACAGCAUACCAAAAAUUGGUAGAGGGUAGAAAUCAAUCUUUGUGGUGCAAAAUUUUUGAGAAGUGUUCAUGUAUGAUUAGACCAGAGUAUAUUUACGUCUGCAAUUUCAAAUACCUUGAUUUGGAAAGAUGGUAUAAUAAAAACAUCACUUUUCAUCUGU